GGCAGCUCCACCAUGUCGGAUAGCGACCUGGGGGAGGACGAGAGCGCCACGUCUCUGGACCUGUCUCAGUCGAGCAAGAGGAAGAGGAGGGGGAAUCUGCCCAAGGAGUCUGUGAAGAUCCUUCGGGACUGGCUGUACGAGCACCGCUUCAACGCCUACCCCUCCGAGCAGGAGAAGCUCAGCCUCUCGGGACAGACGAGUCUCUCAGUGCUGCAGAUCUGCAACUGGUUCAUCAACGCCAGGAGGCGGCUGCUGCCCGACAUGCUGCGCAAGGACGGCAAGGACCCCAACCAGUUCACCAUCUCGCGCCGCGGGGGCAAGGCGGGCGACGUGGCCCUGCCGCGAGGGGUUGCCGCCGGCCCCGGCGUCCUGGUGGUGCCUCCGGCGCCGCCCGCCGCCGCCUCCAAGCUGCUCUCGGUGUCCGUGUGCCCGCAGGUACUGUGCCACCCCGCGCGGGCGCUGGGCAGCAGCCUCACGGUGGUGAGCGCCCGCAGCCCCGAGCGCGACGCGCAGCCCGGCCCGCCGCGCGCCGAGCCCGACCCGCACGCCAAGGCGAGCACCGUGGCCUUGCUGGCGCGCACCGAGGCGGCCAGCCCCACCAGCGGACUCUUCAACACGCCGCCCCCGACGCCCCCCGAGCUCUUCGGCGACGACUUCAGCAGCUUCCAGCUGCUGGUGGAAGUGGCGCUGCAGAAGGCGGCCGAGCUGGAGUCGCAGCGGCAGGGCGGGCAGCUGCCGCUCUCGCCUCAGACUGAGCCCCCGGGAGUCUCCGUCUCCAAAUAACGGCCCCCAGGCCCCUUCCCACGGGGCUGCCCUCCCUCAGCGCCCCCGACUCCUCC